GAGCCCAGGCCUUGGCCACCACCCAUCUGAAAAAGGAAGGGUGGGUGGGCACUGUGCUGGAAGAGCUGGGCCUCCUGGGAUCUUGGGAACCCCGUCUGGGAGCCCCGCCCAUGGCCCCGCCCCUCCCCAGUAGGGAAAAGGCAGCAGCCAGUCCCUCAGCUCACAGACACUGGGACCUGGCCCAGAGGACAAGAGGACUCCUUGCUACCAUCACCACUUCAGCCUCUGCCACCCCUGCCAGGCUGGGCCAUGGACCCCCACGACAUGAUGGUCAAGAACCCGUAUGCCCACAUCAGCAUCCCGCGGGCUCACCUGAGGCCUGACCUGGGGCAGCAGCUGGAGGCGGCUCCAUUCUCCUCAGAGUCGCAGCCUGUGCCUCUGGGGCCCUGCACCCUGGAACCCGCCAAGGAGGCCCCAGGGCCCAAGGGGGCCACCUCCAUCCAGGGCCAGCAGGCCUGGCAGCCACCCGGCAACCCCUACAGCAGUGGGCAGCGCCCAGCAGGACUGACAUAUGCGGACCUGCCGCCAGUUGGGCGCGGCGAUGACAUCGCUCACCACUGCUGCUGCUGUCCCUGCUGCUCCUGCUGCCACUGCCCCCGCUUCUGCCGCUGCCACAGCUGCUGCUGCGUCGUCUCCUAGCCUGGCCCCCGCCAGGCCGUGGGGCCUGCCGCUGGACCCCUGGCACAGCAGCCGGGCUGGCCUCUGCUCAGACGACCACAGUGGUGCCCAGACUGUUGGGACAGCCACUGGGACAGUCAUGGGCAUUGGCCGCACCCCACCCUGGCCAGGGGCACCUACUUGCCAAGAAGGCUAACAUCUCAGCUCAUGCCCCCAAAACAGAGCCCUGAGUGCCGGCUGCAGUGGCAGCCCUGGGGACACUCUUGACUACCCCUUCAAGGCCCAGGGCCCAGGCAAUAAAGCAGAGUGAGCUUUGUUUCGGCGACUCUUCUCCCUUGCUGCUGCCCCUUUUGGGAGGGUUCCCAGGCUAGACAUCAUGGGCUGCCAGCCUCUACGGGACAUUUGGGGGUGGGGAAGCCAUUGUCUCCUGACCACCUAACCUGCACUGCAGGUCUCAGGUCUGCCCUGAGAAAAGCUGGACAGGCCUGGGUUUGAGCUGCACUGCAUUCCCCGGGCCAAGGCUGAGCCUGGGAGACAGGUCAGUCAGUGGGUCAGACAGCAGAAGGAUGCUGUGCGUGGUCCUGGGUGGGUAGAGCCCAGGAGAAGCCUCCAGGAAGAGGACCAGGGUGGCGGCCAAGUGGUGGGAGGGACCAGCACU